AUGGACAAAAACGUUUCUAACAACUCAGCUACAACCAACAACAACCCAUCACCACCCAAUACCCCGCCACACACCCCCAAUGAAACAAACCCUAGGCCUAACGUCGAGGGUUUGGAAACAAUUGCCAAAACCUCUGAAGAGGUUUUGGCAGAAUUGAACAUCGUCAGUGAUGAGGAGAUCAGUAAUGAAAAUGGUGAUGGUGGCGCUAACGAAGAUGGUGGGGCUGAAGGUGUUGUUCCUAGGGUUAUGGUUUGUGCUUUGACUGCGAAUGUUUCGAAUACGUCUGUGGUCGAGCAAGUUGGUGGAGAUGGUCAUGUCCAACCUUUUAAGAAGAGAAAGUACAAUUCAAUUAGAGACCCUCCGGCUGGAAAACCUACUUGUCCGGAAUGUAAGAGGGAGUUUGCAUCAUGGAGGGCUGCUUUCGGGCAUAUGCGCAAGCAUCCCGAGCGUCCGCACCGUGGAUUCUUUCCUCCUCCUACUUUUACCCCUACUGCACCAGUGGCUGGGAUCCAUGAUGGUCGUCCUAAGAAGGUGGAUGACCGAAUGUUAACACGGGUUCGAGAACUUGUGAUUGAUCUAAAUAGAUCUAUAGGAGUGUCAGCCGAGUCCUCUGGCGCUGGUGGCAGUGGUGGGAGAGGGAGAGAUGAAGAAGCACCUGUCCCGACGCAUGAAAAUGAAGAGGGCAGUAGAAAAAAUGUGUUUGACUUGAAUGAAUUGCCGCCCAGUGAUGAUGAUGAUGAGGAACCUGAAGAUAAAUGA